AUGGCUUUUGUGUUUGUUGGAACUGGUCCAGAAGCACUUCCAUUUGAAGAUGAAGAAGAAGUUUCAGAUCAUAAACGUGAUCUAGAUGUAGAUCUUGAAAUACCUUUAAACAACCGAAAACGAUCGAGUCCUAUUAUUGCUUUCUUCAAACCGAUCUUUAGUUUUAUCAACAUGCGUUUACUUAUCGGUGGUAUAUUGGUCGGUGGAACUGUGGCACUUAUGCAUUACUCUGCUGGGUUUCAUGCUUCUUUUAGAAGAGAAUAUACCGCAAGUAAAUUAGCUUCGUCUAUUGUAUUGGCUUGUUUUGCAUCGACUGCUGCUUUAGUGGUUUUCUUUAGGUUUCAAUCACAAUGGCAACAUAAUUGGUGGAAACGUUUGUUGUGUGCCAUCUUAUUGUCGACUGGAGUUUGUGGCAUGCAUUACUUGGGUUUAUCUGGUACUCAAUGGUAUGUGCCUGCGGAUAGAGUUGAAGGAUUCUCGUUGGGUGCAAAAAGUUCUACGGUGUUGACUAUUGCUAUCUCGAUCAUGUGCUUUGGUGUUUGUAUCAUAUCUCUUAUGAUCACUCUUUCUGAUUUCCUCGUCACACGUGAAUCACGAAGAAAAGCUCGACGGGUGGCGAUUGCUUCAGUCAUCUUUGAUAAAACUGGUAGGGUUUUAGUCAACUUGGAUGGUAUGUUACCUAUGAGUGAGGUUGAAUCUGAUUUACCACUGAAAGAUAUCACUCAAGAGCUCAAUAUCCGUCAACCUACCUUUCAAUGGCUCUAUGCUCUUUCAUGUGAUUGGUCCAUCAUCGAUCCAUUCAUUCCUCGUAUCGUGGCUAGAUCUCUUGGUUUAGAAGGCAAAGAAAGUAAAGGAUGGCAUGGAAUCAAUUUCGUGGGCGUGCCAAUGUCUAGCAUGGGUGUUUUAUUCGAUACUGUCUUACGUACGGGUACUCGGGUGGUACCUCCUUCUCCGGAUUCUAAGAAUGGUCGAUUGAUUCGAAAUGAUGAAGAGUCUUCAAUGUUUAGUGUUGCUGCUCCUGCUCAACGUCAACAAGGGAUCAUGUUAUUCUUGGUUAGGGAAUUGGUUAAUACUGAACAAGAUUCAACGGAUAGUUAUCUUCGACGUGGCUUUCGUUUUGCUGACCCUAGAUGGCUUUCUCCUAUUCUUGCUGAUCGAGCUGGGGUUCCGAAGAUCGAAAUCGAUGGAUUAUUAGAACACCUUAAGCUUUAUGCUAGACGUGGGAUGAAACCAUGUGUUAGGAGUGGUGGUAGUUAUGUUGGUUUCUUUGCUGUUAGACCUUCUAUCUCAAGACAAGGAGGCAUCGAUACUUUGGUCUAUCAAUUUGCUCGUCAUCAAAUCCCUGCAUACCGAUUACCUGAUGUUGAAGUCAUUACUGAGGAAAUGAGAGCUUGGAUUGUUUCAAUGUCUGGUCGAUCAAUGAAGGAGAUUGGUGAAUUCUGUUUGAAGGAAGUCAACAAGGAUGUUCAUAUGCCUGGAAGACAAGCUGAAGAUAUGUGGAUCUUCAAGUCUAGUCUUAUUCUCGCUAUUGAUGCUAUGAUUAACAAUCUUAGUAUGUUUGCCAAGCUUUCGGAAAAAUCAUUUCUCUCUGCUGAAAUAGUAGAAGUGCCUUCAUCCGAUGACGAUUCGACGAGUACGGCUAGUAUGGUGAUUUUUCAUGCAGCUUUUCCGGCACCUGUGAGACAUGGACACGAAUUACCUGGUUUGGCUAUCCCACAUGAAGUUUCAGGAACGUAUCAAACUUUAGAACCUAUGCCGACGUUUACGUUUAUGCCUUAUAGUUUUUUUGCCAAGAGUCAAAUGAUGUUAUUGAAAGGAAACAAUGCACGUAAAUUUGCCAAAGAAUGUCGAUCGGAUUUGAUUAAACGGUAUCAUGUGCCAGUCGAAAGUCUUCAUCCUUACCUUACUUCUCCUCAAGAUCGAAAAACACCUUGUAUGGAUCAAAUGAUGACUAGUUUGAGUAGGCCAGAACACGCUCUUGUACAGAAGGAACCUAAUAUCACUGUCAACGACGAGUAUGAUGAUAUUCACACCGAUUUGAUGUUACGAUAUGAAGAUAUGAGGGCUGCACCGGUACCACACGAAGGUAAAUUAGGACGUAGACGGGCAAGCGGUAUGAGUGCGAUGACUAUGGAUUCAAAUCUUUCAUCACUUCAACAAACUCUCUUUGACGAAAUCUCUGCCAAGCCUAUUCCUCAACGUACCACCGAUCAAAUCGACAUUCAAUUCCGAAACGAAUUCCCUGAUAAUGCAUUAUCUGAAUCAGUACGAUCGCCUUCUGACAACAACGACUUUUCUCCAAUCGGAUCUACCUGGAGAAGCCCUGAUUCUGAUGGUGUGGCAGCUCCGGCUUAUUCACCUCUACGUCUACCACCUGCUUUAGGAUCACCACUCAAAGCCGGAGGCAUCACCAAACAUUCUCAACUUUUAAGAAACAGUCUUCUUCCUCCACGUCGACCGCAUACAGCUGAUGAUGGUAAAGUUCAAAAGAAAGCGAUGAUUGGUAAUCCAACGAAUCGGAUCGUACGACCUUCUACUGCUAAUGCAGCGGCUUCUGGAUCUCAUUCGGUUGGUGGCGAAGCUAUUCUUGAUCCUAGAGCUUUUCUUGAACAUCCAAGACGAGUGAUUAGUAAUCGGUCUUUAUCACAAUCUGAAAGCUCAAGAUAUCAAAGACCAUUUACUUCGGCUCAGAUGGUCUCUUUACCUUCUAAACGAAUGGCACAUCCUUUGGCUAUUAAUGCUAGACUUAGAUCGGAUGAUUGGGCUUCUAGAUGUCUUGAUGGAUUAGAACAAAGUACAUCGGGUCAAGAAUUACUUGGGGUGGAUUGGUGAAAGGAGAUGAUCAAAAAUGGAUGGAUGGAUGGACCGAGCUUUGAGCUUUUUUUUUGGAAUAUUGGAUUCUUUGGGUUUUCUCUUUUCUCUUUUCUUCUGGAUCUUUCUCUGAUUUUUUUUUUCGCUUUUGUAUUUCUAGUUAUCAAUCUUUUUCUCUUUUUUGAUUUCGUGUUUGGUCCUGGUAUGAUAAGUUUUUAGUGCUGGAUCAUUUGGUGUUUGAAGUGUUUCAAUUCUUUACUUUCGCAUUUCAUUCGUCUUUCAUUUAUACAUUAUUUGUUUUACAAUCAAAAAUCAUUCAUGUGUAUGACUUUGAUUUUUUUUUGUUGUUCUUUUUAUCUAAAAAACAAACGGAUUUGUACUUUUAGGUUUCUUUUAUAUUUAUCAUUAUGGGGUUUUUUUGUGUAGUGAGUUUAUUUUUGAAAAAAGUUUGUUUUAGUUUUGUUUAACAUUCAUUCAUUUGUUCGUUCGUUUGUUGUCUUUCGUUUUUGUGAUUAAGAUUUGGACUUUAUUUUUGUUUUGGAUUUGAUUUGAAGUGAUGGAUUGAGUUUUAUAACUCAAUUGUUUUUUUUUGUAAUGGAUUGCUUUUUUUUGUUCUAUG